AUUUAUACCAUUUUAAAUGGCAUUUUAUAGAUUAUGUAUUAAUAUCAGAUCAAAACAAAGGUUGUACAAGUAUGCUAGACAUUUGUAGAAUAAACCAUAUCUAUUUUUGUUUCUGUGACGAUCAAUGCAUUAGUUAUUGAAAUUUGCCAUUUUAAAUGGCUUUUGGCGAAUGUCUGAAAUAGAAAACCAACUUUACCUUGGUGAGUAUUUUCUGCACCCACCAAGGUCAAAGUCUAGAAGUCAGAUUAAAACCAGCAUAUAGCUACCAUAAAAAAUGGAUUGACUAAGUUUGUAGGUGCAACAGAUUUGAUUACAAUUCAUAAUGUAUCGCUCACAUGCACAUUCUAUGCAUUACGUUAGGAACCAACAAUGAGUUCCUUUUUUUGUAGAAUUUCUGAGAAUGAUAAAUUCUGAGGUUAUCUAAACUGGUCAUCAACAAUACAGCUGCUAUUAGCUUGCUUGUCCAAAAUCCAGCAGCUAGCCUCUGUAAAUAGCUAGCUUACUCCAGUCAGCUGAUGUCCCACUACACAGGGCAAUGUCCCAAAUCACUUCCCUGGGGCAUUGGGAUAUUUAGACCAGAGGAAAGAGUGGCCUACUGGCCUCCCAACACCACUUCCAGCAGUAUCCAGUCUUCCAUCCAGGGACCAACUAGGACCAUCCCAGCUUAGCUUCAGACGCAGUGUGGUAUGCUGCUGGAAAACAUUUACAUUUACAUUUAAGUCAUUUAGCAGAUGACAUCCAGUGGAGCAGCCACUUUACAAUAGUGCAUCUAAGGGGGGGGUGAGAAGGAUUACUUUAUCCUAUCCUAGGAUAAAGCUGACAAAAUAUACUUAAGGCCCAUGUCAUUCUUUUACAUUAAAUCAUUUUUAUAGUAAGAAGAAUAUAAUUGAUCUUAGCUGAAUAAAAUAGGAUAUUUUUCCCAUUCUGGAGCGAAUAUGAGGUGGCCAUCUUGAGCGUAAAAGUGUUCAAUUGAAACCGGUCCUAUAUGCUACAUUUGGAGUUAUUUGGCAACUUUAGUUGUAAAUGAUAAAUGCCAAGAGCUGAGCAAAGAAAAGAGCCCCUUCAUCCAGCUGGUCCUGGAGCUGAGUUCACAAACCUGUUCUACUAACACACUGAAGCCUCAGGACCAGAACAUCCAAUCAAUCAGAAUAAAACAAAUUACAAACGCAGUCAAAACAUAACUACUUUGCUUAUUGGGAAAAACAAGCACAAACACAAAACUAAAUGCAGUGCUAUCUGGCCCUAAAUCGACAGUACACCGUGGCUAAAUAUUUGACCAUAGUUACUGAUCAAAACCUUGACAAAGUACAGGCUCAGUGAACACAGCCUUGGCAUUGAGAAUGGUAGACACAGGAAAACAUGGCUCCCUGUAGAGGAAAGGCUGUGCAACCACUGCACAACAGCAGAACCUGAGAGUUGCAUUUCCUGACAAAAUGUAAAAAAUAUUAAACAAUUAGUGCGUCAUUUCCCCAAAUUUGAAACCCUUAUUCAUUGCUUUAAAGACCCCUCUGAUGAGAGUAUGCUACCCGUCCUGUUGGGAGAGGACACAGAGAGCUGUGGGGUGGCAGCGCACUACAUCGCUGCCUGCCAUAAGAUGAGGGACAGUGUCUGACAGACCAAUCAACCUGCACAUGUCCUCUACUGUAUGGUUAUUGUUAUUGUUCAGUGUAUGGUUAUUUUGACCCUUGGUUAUUGUUGUUACUGUUGUCCUGUUGACAAUUUUGAUUCUCAUUUUUUAUAUUGUAAAUAUCCAAAAUAGGCUUUGGCAAUAUGUACAUUGUUACGUCAUGCCAAUAAAGCAAAUUGAACUGAAUUGAUAAACCUUCUAGAAUGUAUUUGAAAUCAAAACAUAUAUGGGCUGCACAAUGUGACUGUAGCCUGUUGAUGAUUUCAGGCAGUUACAAAAAAAGAAAGAAGCUUGUGCUCUGUUCCUUGCCUCAGGCUGUACAGCUGUUCUCACAUCAAGUGGUCAGAUUUUCACCCAUCAGACUAUUCUCAAUUUAAUCUUGUUCUGAUUUAGAAUGGCCCAUUAUCAAAUGGGCAGGAAAGGGAACAGGGGGAAACAGACAAAUCAAAUCACAUUUAUUUGUCACAUACACAUGGUUAGCAGAUGUUAUUGCGAGAGUAGCGAAAUGCUUGUGCUUCUAGUUCCGACAAUGCAGUAAUAACCAACAAGUAAUCUAACUAACAAUUCCAAAACUACUGUCUUAUACACACAAGUGUAAGGGGAUAAAGAAUAUGUACAUAAAGAUAUAUGAAUGAGUGAUGGUACAGAGUGGCAUAGGCAAGAUACAGUAGAUGGUAUCGAGUACAGUAUAUACAUAUGAGAUGAGUAUGUAAACAAAGUGGCAUAGUUAAAGUGGCUAGUGAUACAUGUAUUACAUAAAGAUGCAGUAUAUGAUAUAGAGUACAGUAUAUACGUAUACAUAUGAGAUGAAUAAUGUAGGGUAUGUAAACAUUAUAUUAGGUAGCAUUGUUUAAAGUGGCUAGUGAUAUAUUUUACGUCAUUUCCCAUCAAUUCCCAUUAUUAAAGUGGCUGGAGUUGAGUCAGUGUGUUGGCAGCAGGCACUCAAUGUUAGUGAUGGCUGUUUAACAGUCUGAUGGCCUUGAGAUAGAAGCUGUUUUUCAGUCUCUCAGUCCCAGCUUUGAUGCACCUGUACUGACCUCGCCUUCUGGAUGAUAGCGGGGUGAACAGGCAGUGGCUCGGGUGGUUGUUGUUCUUGAUGAUCUUAAUGGCCUUCCUGUAACAUCGGGUGGUGUAGGUGUCCUGGAGGGCAGGUAGUUUGCCCCCGGUGAUGCGUUGUGCAGACCUCACUACCCUCUGGAGAGCCUUACGGUUGUGGGCGGAGCAGUUGCCGUACCAGGCGGUGAUACAGCCUGCCAGGAUGCUCUCGAUUGUGCAUCUGUAGAAGUUUGUGAGUGCUUUUGGUGACAAGCCGAAGAUAUGUCAUCCUUACGCAGUUGAACAGCAAAUGGUGGCAGCACACCGACCAGUUAGGCUACUUUUUUUCUUUUUUGCAGAGCAUGUGCUUAAUGUGAGCAACUAAGAAAUAAAUAUAAAAACACAUUUCACUCCACACAUCAACCACUGUUUGAGGAGCAUGCUCUCGCUGCACGACAGGUGAUAUUCCACCCAAACUCUGUAUGCCCAUUGGGUCUCCAACCCUGUUCCUGUAGCUAACCAAUGCUUAAUUUGGGAAACCAAGUGAAAUCUAUUGGGGAACAUCGAUAGUAACAUGAUCUCACAAUGAAACAUAUUUCAUUUCAUUUAUUUCAUUUAAGUCAUUUAGCAGACGCUCUUAUCCAGAGCGACAUAUUUCACGAAACUGUUGACAACGCCUCUGCACGCUCAAGAAAGUAAUAUGAGAAUGAGGAGAUGGAAACGCAUGAUGGUGGUCAGCAACUAUGUUGCUCUGCAACAAUACAGCUGCUAUUAGCUAAUGUUAGCUUGCUUGUCCUAAGUCCAGCCUCUGUAAAUAGCUAGCUAACACCAGUCAGCUGAAAGCUAGAAAAUGAACAUGCAAAGAAAUGUAGCUAGCUAUAUUUGUUUAUGGAAGAUUUGUUACACAAAUAACUUCAGCCAUUAGCUAGCUAGAGCUAGACAACAACAUAUAACCUCAACACAGAAGGUAGAUAACGAUAGCUAGUUCACUAACGAUAGCUAGUUCACUAACGAUAGCCAGUGUUAAAUAUUUCCACAAAACAUAGAUGGCUAACUACAUCAGUUCAAAACCAACAUCAAACUAUGUGGAAAGUGUCAAAAUACUACCUUGCAAUGCAAUUUGGCUUUUGCAACACUAGCUAGCUACUCUGUAGUCCAAGCUACGGUAAGAUCUAGCCAUAUUUCACUGUCAGACAAGACACAACUCAAACUGUGGCUGAGAAAACAAUACAAAUGUAAACUGCAUGUUGUCCACUGCUGUGAGCAAAUUCUUGCUUGCUAACAUCAGGACAAACCAGUUUCAAGCAUCCAGAAUAGAUUCUAUUAUGCUCCUUUUAAUCAAAAUCGGUGUAAAUCAACAGUAGGGCAGUGUGAUGGUGAUUGCAUCGUCUGUGGACCAGUUGGGGCGGUAUGAAGUGGGUCUAGAGUGGCAGGUAACAUGGAGGUGAUAUGAUCCUUGUCUAGUCUCUCAAAGCACGUCAUGAUGACAGAAGUGAGUGCUACGGGCAGUAGUCAUUUAGUUCAGUUAUCUUUGCCUUUUUCGAUACAGGAACAAUGGUGGCCAUCUUGAAGCAUGUGGGGACCGCAGACUGGGAUAGGGAGCGAUUGAAUAUGUCUGUAAACACACCAGGACGCGGCUAGGGAUGCCGUCUGGGCCAGCAGCCUUGCGAGGGUUAACACGUUUAAAUGUCUUACUCACGCCAGCCACUGAGGGGAGGGGGGGGGCAGUCCUUGUUAGCGGGCCGUGACUGUGGCGCGGUAUUAUCCUCAAAGCGGGCAAAGAAGGUGUUUAGUUUGUCUGCAAGCGAGACGUCGGUGUCUGUGACGUAGCUGGUUUUCCUUUUGUAGUCCGUAAUUGCCUGUAGACCCUGCCACAUACGUCUCGUGUCAGUCGUUGAAUUGCGACUCCACUUUGUCUCUAUACCGACAUUUCGCUUGUUUGAUUGCCUUGCGGAGGGAAUAACUACACUGUUUGUAUUCGGCCAUAUUUCCAGUGGUUAAAUGCGGUGGUUCGCGCUUUCAGUUUUGCCCAAAUGCUGCCAUCCAUCCACGGUUUCUGGUUAGGGUAGGUUUUAAGUCACAGUGGGUACAACAUCUUCAAUGCACUUCCUUAUAAACUCACUCACCGAGUCAGCGUAUAGAUUGAUGUUGUUCUGAGGCUGCCCGGAACAUUUCCCAAUCCGCGUGAUCAAAACAAUCUUUAAGCAUGAAUUCUGAUUGGACAGACAUGCAUUGAAUGGUUCUAGUCACAGGUACAUCCUGUUUGAGUUUCUGCCUAUAAGACUGUAGGAGCAAGAUGGAGUUGUGGUCGGAUUUGCCAAAGGGAGGGCCUUGUAUGCAUUGUGGAAGUUAGAGUAGCAGGGGUUGAGUGUAUUGCCAGUGCUGCAAUCAAUAGGCUGAUAGAAUUUAUGUAGCCUUGUUCUCAAAUUUUAUUUGCUAAAAUCCCCAGCUACAAUAAAUGCAGCCCCAGAAUAGAUGGUGUCCAGUGAAGUUCCUUGAGGGCCGUCGUCUGCUUGAUGGGGUAUAUAUACAGCUGUGACGAUAACUGAUGAGUAUUCUCUUGGGUGAUAAUUUGGCCGGCAUUUGAUUGUAAGGAAUUCAAUGUUGGGUGAGCAGAAGGACUUGAGUUCCUGUAUGUUGUUAUGAUUACACCAUGAUUCGUUAAUCAUGGAGCAUACACCCCUGCCCUUCUCUUCCCAGAGAGGUGUUUAUCUCUGUCGGUGCGGCACAUGAAGAAGCCCGGUGGCUGAACCGACUCUGACAACAUAUCCCAAGAGAGCCAUGUUUCCUUGAAACAGAGGAUGUUACAAUCUCUGAUGUCUCUCUGGAAGGCAAUCCCUCUGGAAGGCAAUCCCUCUGGAAGGCAAUCCCUCUGGAAGGCAAUCCCUCUGGAAGGCAACUGGACAUUGGCGAGUAGUAUACUCGGAAACGGUGGGCAAAGUGCACGCCUAUGGCGCCUGACCAGGAGGCUGCUCAGUCUGCCUGUUCUGCGGCAACAUUGUUUUGGGUCGGCUUCUGGGAUUAGAUCCACUGUCCUGGGUGGUGGUCCGAACUAAGGAUCCGCUUCGGGAAAGUCGUAUUCCUGGUCGUAAUGUUGGUAAGUUGACGUCGCCCUUAUAUCCAAUAGUUAUUCCCAGCUGUAUGUAAUAAGACUUAAGAUUUCUUGGGCGUAACAAUAUAAGAAAUACAUAAAAAAAAACAUGCAUAGUUUCCUAAGGACUCAAAGCGAGGUGACCAUCUCUGUCUGCACCAUCUUGCAUCAAUCAAUAUUAUCUCAGGGGUGAACUCCAAUUAUUCUCAUAGGUUCUGAACAUCAGCCGGGGCAUUAAGAGUUAUCAGUUUUGACAUUUGUUUUAAGAGUGAAAAAAUAAACAUCUUCCAUUUGAAAAAUGGGCCAAAGUUAUUUGGAUAAAAACUGUACUUUUGUGGAAAGUAGUGAACGAUUACAAACUUCAGGAGAAAGGAGGUAUUAUAAGGAUGCACCAAUCAAUCAGAGAUUCAGACUAAAGUAAUCAAAUGUUUGGUCUAAUGAUAUACUAUGUACAAUACUUUCUGUGGUCACCAGGACAGAGCUAGUCCGUCCCCCUCCACCCUGCCGGAGUCCCCUGGUCACAACUCUCCUGGUAGCUCCUUACUGCUGGGUCUGAAGAGGGUGUCUGUGCGGCUGGUCGACUGCAGGAAAACACCAGGGCAGAGUGGAGCUGUGAGAGAAGGACACGAGGAGGGGGAGGGAGAUGGAGAUCUGAUUUCAUCAAGGGACUCUCCUCCUCUCAGUGGGAGGGACUUAUCAUCUGGGGAGCUUCAACAACAACAUGUUGCUGACAAGGCAGAGAAGAGUGUCUCCCAAUCAGAACACCUCAAACACCAGCACAGACGUACAGGGAAGAAAUCUCACCACAGCUGCUCUGACUGUGGGAAGAGUUUCACUACACGGAGGUCCUUCAUAAUUCACCUGCGUAUUCACACCGGAGAGAAGCCUUAUCGCUGUGAUCAGUGUGGGAAGUUCUUUGCUCGAGCUUCCAACCUGACUACACACCAGCGAACACACACAGGAGAAAAGCCUUACAGCUGUGAUCAAUGUGGGAAGAGUUUUGCUUCAUAUAACACCUUCAAAUAUCAUCUGAGAAUUUAUGAAGGGGAGAAGCCUUACCGCUGCCUUGAUUGUGGGAAAAACUUUGUUAAUGCAGGAUCCCUAACCAUACACCAGCGUGUACACACAGGAGAGAAGCCUUAUAGCUGUGAUCAGUGUGGGAAGAGCUUUGCUGUAGCUUCCACCCUGAUUAGACACCAGCGCAUACACACAGGAGAGAAGCCUUAUAGCUGUAAUCUGUGUGGGAAGAGCUUUGCUGUAUCAGAUAAACUAACUAUACACCAGCGCAUCCACACAGGAGAGAGGCCUUAUAGCUGUGAUCAGUGUGGAAAGUGCUUUGCUUUAGCUUCCACCCUGAAUAAACACCAGCGCAUACACACUGGAGAGAAGCCUUAUAGCUGUGAUCAGUGUGGAAAGAGCUUUGCUCGAGUUUCCACCCUGACUAUACACCAUCGAACACACACUGGAGAAAAGCCUUAUAGCUGUGAUCAGUGUGGAAAGAGCUUUGCUCUAGCUUCCACCCUGACUGCACACCAGCGAACACACACUGGAGAAAAGCCUUAUAGCUGUGAUCAUUGUGGAAAGAUCUUUGCUGAGUCAGGGACCCUGAAUACACACCAGCGAACACACACUGGAGAGAAGCCUUAUAGCUGUGAUCAGUGUGGAAAGAGCUUUGCUGAGUCAGGGACCCUGAUUUCACACCAGCGAACACACACUGGAGAGAAACCCUAUGUCUGUCUAUGUGGAGAGAGCUUUGCUCGUUUAGGGCAAAUUAAAAAACACCAGAAAGCUCAAAUUUGCCAUAUUUCGUCUCCCUCCUAUCCGACAACAUUUCCAGAUCCCUAAAUAAAGGAUCAAUAGGAAACAUCUAGUGAACAGUCAUAUCCAUCUCCCAUUCUUAAACAGUUGCUUUAGUCUGAUCACCAUGGUAACCUCUGUGCAGCAUAAUAUGCAGCUCUGAUCUAGGAUCAGGUCUCCCCUGUGUCUAUGUAAUAUCACACAUUGAUCUAAAUGGAUAAAUGUUAUCAUAGAUAAUGUCAUAGUGAACAUGUGUGUUGGGGGGGGGGUUGAUAAUUAAAUAAUCUUCUUUCAUAUACUUAUGACACUAUUAUUAUUAAAAUGUCAUUAUGUAGAAUGUUUGAACAAUAGGUGUAUAUUGGGCGGCAGUUGGGCGAGUAACCGGAAGGUUGCUGGAUCGAUUCCCAAACUGACAAGGUAGAAAUCUGUCAUCUGACCCUGAAGAAGGCAGUUAACCCACUGUUCCCCGGUAGGCUGUCAUUCUAAAUAAGAAUUUGUUCUUAACUGACUUGCCUAGUUAAAUAAAGUUUCAAUUAAAAUAA